GACAGGCUUACGUCAAUUAAAAGCAUUUUCAAAUAACAAUGUCCAAAAUAUCUUGGCUCCUAUAUCUAAAUCUAGUGGUAAUACAGGCAAUAGAUGUACAAAAAACGUCUGGAGGGACUUGCAAGGCCCACGGAUAUGAAAUAGUUAUUGCCAGGUUCGGGAAAGAAACUCACACGCUCUGCUUGAAAUGGAAACUCAUAGAUCAGUCUCUGACGUCGGAACAAUCUGUCCUGCUUCUCGAUCCAGACGCAAGCCUGAAAACACCAGAUAAACACUACCGACUGAGUGAGAUCACCAUGGCAUACGGUUUUCCGGUUGAGGAUCCGGAGUCAGGUUCUGCUGAAGGUUACAUUGGCGAGGAUAAUCAAUUUUAUGGUGUUCUACAUAUAGGAAACAGGACGCUACACGCUGACCCCUACGGGCGCGAUGACCCCAACAAACAGUUUGGGGCUUAUGAAAAUGACUUUAUGCAGGCCCCACGAAGCGUGCAUAGCGAAUCUCAGUACGAUUCAAGCUUCAGUCAUUUGAUGCAGUUAGAGGAGAAGAAAACCGGUGUGGCACAAGCAAGAAUAUGUGAAUUGCUUCUCUUGGCGGAUAAAGAGUUCUAUGAAAAAGACGCAAAUUCAAGCCUCAAGCACGUUAUACGCAGAAUGAUGCAUGCGGUCGCUCAAGCAGAUAUAAUAUUCCGAAAUGCCGACUUCGACGAAGAUGGUAUACCAGAUAAUAUAGGUUUUUCAGUGAAGUACAUCCUGGUGCUUACAUCGGAUGAGACAAACACGCAAGUUUUUGGCGAUUUACUUCGAAAUCGGUCGAUUGACGGCAGGGCGUAUUUGAUGCAUUUUGCAAGACUUCGUCGCCUCUCUGAAGUCUGCCUUGGGGUUGCGUUUUCGGGGCAUGCUUUUCAUAAUAGGACAUUGGGACUAAGUUUCACGUCAUUGGGCGGCGGUAUGGGGGGCGCAGCGGGAGGCUUAUGCGAUAGGCGAGCUUCCGGUCGUUCGUUUAAUACACUUGCGUUGGCGCACGGCACGUCAGACGAGAACGAACGUGUGCCUGAGAGGGUCGCCGCGUCUACGCUGGCUCAUGAGAUGGGACACAGUUUUGGUGCGCAUCAUGAUGAUAACUUUCCAAAUCCGGAAUGUAAGGGCUAUCUGAUGGGGUCUCAAUCGUCCACUACACAAACGGCCCAUACUCUGGAGUUCUCGCUGUGCAGUAAGCGGCUCAUCGCUGCUACCUUGAGCAGCAUGAGCUAUUGUCUUGCGGUGACUGAAAGACCAUAUUGUGGAAAUGGUAUAGUGGAAAAGGGGGAGGCCUGUGACUGUGGUCUUCCAUUCUACUGCAAGACUAGAGAUCCCUGCUGCACCCCCAGAGCUGGUGGAACACUUGAUUCUGAUGCUCUUCACAAGGAAGGUUGCUCGCUAGCACCACGUGCAAAUUGCCAUCCGUCUCAGGGCCUCUGUUGCAACGCAGACUGUCACUAUGCUAACUUCACAAAGAGUGGCAUCGACUGUACGCGUCAAGCGGAAACCUGUACAUGCCCAGACCUUAAGAAUUGUAGAUGUGGUCUUGGUGGACGCUGUUUGCCAGACGGAACUUGUCAAGCUGCAGAAUGCGCUGUUCUCGGACUAAGGGAGUGUACAUGUAAGCACACACCCGGUGGUACUUUAGGUAAAAUGAAAAUGUGCGGAGUCUGUUGUCGGAUACAAUAUGGCUCGGCUCUGUGGUGCGUCGGCGCAGAAAUUGCGGCUAAAUAUGCGUUUGAACUAAAUUUAUUACCGGAUGGUUGGCCGGAUCCUGAAUAUAUAGGUCCAAAUGUCACGGUAAAACUUGGCAACACAACUCUAUGGACGUAUGCGACGAUACGCGCUUGGCCACCUGGCGAUGUGUGCGUGAUAAAGAACACUGUGGGCAUGUGUUCGCCUCGUGGCGUGUGCAAGAGUGUUAAAAUGUUGCCAUCUUCCAAUAUUUACCCCGAUAUGUUGACCGUAAAAAUACUCGGACAAUCUUCAAACAUUCACAGAGACUGA